AUGGUCUCCUUCACUCUCACUGCCCUCUCCGCCAUCGCCAUGGCCCUCACCACCUCCGCCGCUCCCACCGAGCCCAACACUCGCGCCACCAUCAACCGCACCGGCUCCAUCACCUGGUACAACACCGGCCUCGGCGCCUGCGGUCAGACCAACAACGACGGCGAGCUCGUCGCCGCCGUCUCGGCCUCUCUCUACGACCGCGAGCACCCCUGCGGCCGCAAGAUCCGCAUCAACUACCAGGGCCGCUCCGAGGUGGUCACCGUCGUCGACCGCUGCGCCGGAUGCGCCGAGAACGACCUCGAUCUCUCGCCUACGGCGUUCAAUGGCGUGAUUGGUGACCUGGGCCUUGGCCGUGUCACUGCUUCUUGGGAGUGGGCUUAG